AUGACACCGUCCGCACGAAAGAGGGUUUGGAUGAUGCUGCUGGUGUAUGCUGCGUGUUUGUUCUUGAAACAGAUGAUGACCGUUCGAAGGGUGGGGACUACAUGCAUGAACUUGGAGAAGACGAUGAAGAUGACGAUGAUGACGAAGGUGGAAAAAUGGACGAUGAUAGGUACCAAGGCAGGGAUAGGACGCGAAGAGGAGGAUCCCAACAAGUGCAUUGCAACUGAGAAGGAGAUCUUGUCAAUUCUGCCAAUCAAAGACCUGCAACAGUGCGAGAACAGGUUGGUGCAAGUGUUGCAGUAUGAGAACUUUGAAUUUACCAAGCUUUUGCUGAAGAACCGAUUGAAGAUUCUGUAUUGUACCCGCUUGGGUCAGGCACAGACGGAAGAAGACAAGACAGCCGUCUUGGAAGACAUGCGCAACACCCCGGAAGCUCAAGCGGUUCUAGAGGAGUUGGACAAAGCCUCAAAGAAGCGAGAUCGAGAGCGCGAUAUCAACAGGGACUUGCGCAAAGAGGUUCGCCAGCUUCAGUUGCGAGGUGCCCGAGAGAAGGAGCGCGGCAUGGACGAUGAAGGCAGUCAGACCUUGGGCCGAGGAAGGGCAAAAGUGGCAGAAGAGCAGCGCUUGCCUUGGGCGAGCAAAAGAAAUAGAAACAACGUGAAGAUUUGGAAGUAA